GUCCAUCCAGCCAUGUUUGCCAUGACUGGCUGACUGGUGACUGUGGUGGUUUAUUCUCGGGGGAUAUGUGUUGUUUGAGGAGUGCGAGUGGUUUUGUAAAUUAAACGGCCAACAUUGUCCCAUCGCGAGUACGCUGCCACAGCAUUGUCUCCACGCUCUUUGACAGCCAUGCUCCAUUUAUCGCGCGUCUUUGUGUCAAGUCGGAGAGGAUAGUAGACGGCGGGAAGAGGGACACAGUGGUCAACGCCGUCACGUCAACAACGCGCAUCGCGCAUGACGCGCAUCAUUUUCUCAUGGGAUCUGGCAAUAGCGUGACGUGAGUGAGGAGCAGGAGCGUCGCACGUUCCGAGCAUCGGCAACGUUGGAUUUAAACUCGCGCGCGGGCAGCAGCCCAGCAGGAGCCUGGUGCAGGCCAGGGGUACCUGUUCCCCAGUCGCUUGUCAAGCCGUGCACGAAUAGCAUCAUCGUUACCUCGCCACGGCAGGGAGAUUACUCCGAUUUUUCGAACAAAGAGCACCCGUUCGUCUCGCAAAGAGUCAGCGAUUAACCGUCCGUAUCGUUAAACGUGUGAAACGGGGACGCGUCUCGACGGAGACGCGAAACAAAGCAGCGGUAUCCGCUUGAUGAAGAAUGGUCAGGAAGAAAGAACCGACCACGGAUAUUGUUCUCUAGCUCAAACAGAAGCUCGAAAGGAUCAUCGGUCAAGGAACACUGAAACAUGGCGAUGUAGGAAGUGCACGAGGGAAAGAGGUCAAAAAGAAUUGUACUGAAAUUUGUCGAAACUUCCAUUGACGAGAUUACGAAGUAUUGCAAGUUAUUUGUACCGUGAUUACAAAAAUGGAAGUAUCACAUAGAGAGAUUCUCAUUCAUUUGAGGAGUGAAAUAAUUGACGAUAUAGAUGUAGAUAAUGACAUUGUACAGCCCUUAAGAAAUGAAUAUAUCUUAAGAGAAGACGAUGUAAAAACCAUUUAUGUUGGAGCUACGAAAGAAGAAAGAGCAGGCAUUUUGUUAGAUAUACUACCACAAUGUGGUCCAAAUGCUUUCGAUGUCUUUCAUCAAUCAUUGAAACAUCACUACGAUUGGCUUAGCAAUGCAAUAGAUAAAUUGUUAGGUAACUGUAAAAUAGAAACCAAUGGAGAAAUAGACUAUUAUGCUGGGCCCUCCAUUCCACCUCAUUCUGCAUUGACGGUGACGAGAGAGGAAAAGGUUGAGCAGUUAAAAGUAGCUUUACAACGAUUAAAUCCUGCAGAAUACAUUGCGUUACACGGCAUGAAAGGAUUUGGAAAAUCAUGUCUAGUUGCCAGUACUCUCAAGGACAUGAAAUUAGUGAAAGAUUUAUUUUCUAAUCAGGUCUAUUGGAUUCAAUUUUCAUGUAAUCGUUCAAUCGAGGAAGAGAUAUUAAUUCAAUUGAACUCACUCUAUCAUAACGUGAGAAAUUUAGAAAUCCAACCUGAAUCGUUUACUCCAUUCGAGAGAGAGUCCCUGAUCCAAUAUUUGAAACAUUAUUUUAAUAAACGGGAUAAUUGCAAUGCUUUACUGAUUCUGGAUGAUGUUCAUGACGAACAGAUCAUUAACACUUUUGAGUUUAAAUGUAAAACUCUAGUUCUCACUGCUGAUGUUGAUGUUCUGCGUAAGAAACGACCUCAGAUAAUACAGCUGAACGAUGGAUUUACAGAAGCAGAGACAUUAGGCUUAUUUGCCAAAGCAUUGAACACAGACGUCAAUGCAUUACCUUUAGAAGCAAAAAGAAUACACGAAGAGUGUAAAGGAAUGCCGUUGCUGAUAGCUAUGUUUGCUGCGCAAUUCGAGGAAUUUAAAGAAGACAUGAAAAUACGUCCUGACAGAUGGAGAUAUUACUUGAGAUCUUUGAGGAACAGGGACGCAACAAACGAAGUAAUGAGAAUAUUUCUGGAAAAACAAGAAACUAUUUUUGAUAUAUGCAUUGGACAGUUAAAACCAGUUUUGAAGCAACAUUACGAGAGCUUAGUUAUUUUUUGUGAAGAUGUCAACAUAAAUCCGAAGACUCUAGAAAUUUUUUGGGGACAAGACAUAUUUAAAGUCGAAGAAAUGAUGUUGGAUUUGUGCCAUAAAUCACUUGCAGCAAAAAAGUGGAAUAAGGAUUUAGAAAGCUAUAUCUACGGUGUGCACGACUUAUUGCUAUGCCAUCUCAGAAAAAGACGAACUCGUGACGAUCUGAUGCAGAUGCACGAGUCCAUUAUUGACAAAUAUCGCGAAUAUUGCAACGAUGAUUUUUCAAAAUUGCCGGAUGAUAAUUACAUUUACUUGUACAUUGGCUAUCAUUUGGAGCAAGCGAACUUGAUCGACGAAUUUCCACGUCUUUAUUUAAAUUUCGAUUUCGUUCAAGCCAAACUAAUAUAUGCGGGUUUGAAUGAUUUAUUGCUGGACCUGAGAAAGUAUAGGCAACACAUUACAUUGGGCUAUACACAAGACUAUGUGAAAAAGGUUGAUGCUUUGGAAAGAUUUCUUCACGAGCAAGCAAGCGUUAUAGUGGAACAUAAACGUAAGAAAUGCUUGGAUAUCAUUCAAAUUGCGAUGGACCACCCGCAUCAAGACUACGUCGCUCGGACUGCAAAUAAUCUAGCUAUGACAAGACGAGAGUACUUGUAUCUAUCUCACAAUAAAAGUCUUCAAUAUGCCAAGGCAUUGACCGAAGAAAUAUCGACGGAUAACAUUUGCACAGCAUCUUUCACAGACGAUCCUGAGUUGAUCUUGGCAGGGAACAGAUCGGGUGAAAUAUUAUUGUUGAAUUCCCGAACCAAGCAACAAAAAGUCUUUAAGCAAAGUCGCAGCAAGGAAUAUCCUAUUGUAAAAGUUAUCGUAUCCUCGGAUGGUGAUUGUUUCUUAUCGUUAAACAGUGCUGGCAUAAUAAAGUUAUUUCAUCUGUUUACUGAGGAUGAAAUGCGUAAUCAGGAUUUGGACGAAAUGCCCGUCGACAGUCCGCGACAGAAACAAAAAUUCUGGUCUAACCUUCUUGCCAACUCGAACAAUCAGGACGAUAGUUUAGCGACAUUCCAAGUGGGAGAUGAGACCAUAUUGGAUAUGGCAUUUGGCCACGAGGACAAAUACAUCGCUGCAUGCACUAAUAAAGCGACGAUUCAGAUAUGGGAUCGAGAUGGAAAUACAAUGUUUGAAGAAAGAAAUUCCAAAUAUCAGUAUAUACCGAAAAUAGCUUUUACGGCGGGGACACAUUCCUUACUGCACAUAAUGGAUGAGCCAAACGGUGCUUUCGUCUUGUAUAAGAAAGAGAAUGAUUGUACCACUUAUGAAUAUCAUGCCUGUUAUAAUCUGCAGUUGAAAUCCGCAUGUGAAAAGGUCAUCUUCUUUCAUUACAUACCCAACCGUGAAAAUUCGUUGAUGAUCGUUACCAAGAAGGAAGCUAUGUACGUCAAAUGGUGGUGGAGUCAGGGCUGUGUGCAUAGUUUCAACAAGCAAACGAGAGCGUUUGUCGAUAAGGAUUCAGUAACUUACGAAUGCGCGACUAUCACAUACGAUGGUGAAUAUAUAAUUUUGGCUGAUUCCGAGGGUUACAUAAAUGUAUGGAAUACCUAUUCCGGAUAUGCACCGAUCGCGGUUUACAAAAGUCGCGUCAAAUCUUUGGAUUCUUACUGGUUAAGAGACGAAGAUUAUCAUAUUAUAUGUGGAAACGAUGAUACAGCAUUAUAUAAAUGGAAACUUCCAGUACAAGAGUCAGAUAAAUUACCGAGGAAGUGUUUAUUUGACGCAAUUGUAUCGUCUGACACAACGGAUAUUGUAAUCAAAGAGAGCCCUUCAAAGAAAAUUAUAAUGUCACGUGGAGAAGAUAUACAAGAAUAUGAAUAUACAGAAGGAAAAAUAUUGAAUCUGCAAUUGUCCGCCGAUGGAACCAUGGCGGUGUAUGUUACAGAUAAUCAAACAAUUUGGUUGUUAGAUAUAAAUACUGGAACAGUAACAUUUGUCGCAGUAUCAGACACGCCAAUCCAGUUUGUAAAAAUUAUCAAUCUUAUUGAAUGUAACAGGAUAUUUUGGCAGGAGAAUAUUUUGAAGAUGUGGCAACCUUCCGGACGGAGCAUUGAAAUUCCAACAGACUCCGUCAAUGAUAUUCACAUAAUAAACAAAUUUGCUGUAAUAGUAACGCAGGGUGGCAUAAUAACAACAUGGGCUACAGCGAUUAAUAGAAAGUGGAGACAAUUAAACGAAAGAAAUAUGUCUGAUACGCUUUCAUAUGUUACAUUUAGCUGUUUAACAACUUACAAACAAAAAACUUAUUUGGCGAUUUUGAAUAAAUCGCAUUGUUUAACUUUAUUUCAUAUUUAUGAAGAAGGGAACAGUAUAAACAUACAAUUCUGUUUUACGCAUAGUUUUGCACAGAAGACGACUUGUUGUGAUAUUUCAAAAAAUACAGAUUAUAUCGCCGUUGGCUUUGAAUCAGGACAAAUUUCUAUUAUCGAUAGACAAAAACAGAUGGAGGUCACUCAGUUAUCUUUCCACGCUAGUCCCAUCACCCAAUUGUAUUGGGCUCCAAUUGAGAUAAUCGUGCCGAUUUUAUUCUCAUUGACAAGCGAUGAAUUAGCUUUGUGGAACGUUGCUCUGGCGAUGAAUAACACGAAAAAAAUGCAGAAGAACGUGAGAAGAAGUCGAAUGGGCAUUAGCCACAGUACAAGCACUCCUUCCUUCGAGAUGAAUACACUUUCGAAUCUAUGCGUACCUAACAGCCGAAGCGUAGAUGCUGGUGUAUCUGAUCUACAAGAUGACAACUGUAACCUCCGACACGUUAACAAUAUAAGUAGAUAUUGGAAGAAAAAGAUAGGUAAAAAUCCGGAAAUACCAGAAUUAUUAGCGGUUGUCGAAUUACCACCAAAUCGUGAGCCAAAAGUAUGUAUCUCUCCAGAUUUCAGUAAAUUUGUUAUCGUUGACAUGUACGGAUCUGUUAAUACGUUUAAACUGAUUGAUUAUAAUCAAUUUUCCUAGGCUAAUUAUAGAAUGAAUUUAGAAUGCUAUAUUGCAUUACAAUAUAGGAUUAUAAAACUUUAAAAAAGUUAAAAAAAAUUGAAAGAAAAAAAUGAUAGCAUUGUUUAUCCAUAACGUAUAAUGCUUUGACAGAAAGUUGCAGGCUUGAUGUACAGUGACAAUUACGAUUACAAAUACAAUGGUACAAUUACGCAGAUUCUAUUAGAGAUGCACGAAUCAAUGUGUCAUCUUAAUGAAAUAUAUAUAUAGAUAUAUAUAUUAGGAGACAUAUUUUAUAUUGCCACUUUGUGCUCAGCUGAUGAAAAAUAUCUAUUUAUAGCAAUGUCUUUUACUGCCACUUGCAUUUAACAAGAGAUUAACGCCAAUUUUCUACGUAUGUAAAACUGACUUUUUCAUACAUUUUUUAAGGUAAAAUUUUUUACUAUAUAUAGAAACAGAAGUACUAUUAAAAUGUAUUAUAAAGAAAUAGCUGGAUCGUAUUGUAUACAGUCUGUCAUGAGUUUGCGUGAGCGGUUACUCAUAUUAUCUUAAGCUUUUUUAUUUUAUCAGAGUUUCUUAUUUCUAUUAUUUGAAAAAUCAUUUUUAGGUUAGGUAACUUUAUACCUAAUGUCGUUAUUGCUCCGCUAUUGAACCACUAUCGAGAAACACAGAGAAACAUUACCGGGCAAUAAUUGAUAAUAAGAGACUGAUCUGAAACGCUCGCAUACUCUUGCAUAACAGACUGUAUGUAUUUGUGCCAUCCGUCAAAUCUUAAACAAAUAUUUCAAGUGGCCAAAAAUGUAUAUUUUGAAAUGUUAAGAUGCAUUUCUAUACUUGUGCAUUAUCUGAGCAUUUAUAAAUUCUAGAGUGCUUUCUACUAGACACAGUAUCUCUGUAAAUAUUAGUUUGAUCAAGUAUUAGGGUUAUUAAUGCAUUUUUCGAAGUUAGAUCAAUUUUGUACACAGGUUGUGUAUUUAUAGAAAUAAUUGCUGGUUUUUAGGAGAAAUUUUUAAUAAUUCUUGCGUACGCUGAACUUGCGUACAACGAACAAAUAAUAAUUAAGACACAUGAGUAAACCAGUGAUUGGAAGUAACUCGUUACUUAUUAUUAUUAGUUAUUUUUUUGGUAACGAUGUUACUUUUUUUUAAAUAACUAUAAU